AUGGGCCCAUUCAGGCAGGAGAUCCUCGCCUUUGUCAACAAGGAGGGCCCGAAUUUCAGGCUCCAACAGCACUGCCCCAACCCUUUUCCACGCGUCAAUCUGCUUCUGUGCCCGAGUCUCUGCCUGACUGCCCUCGGGGCUCCUGCUUAUGAUGCGGUAGAGGGAAUCCGUCUUUCUGUGAAGCUGGAUGAUGAUGUCGCGAGUGCUGGUUCGACUGAUCCUUUGGAUGCAUUCGCCCUCCCAUCGCCAGACGGCCAUAUCAGGAAGCGAUUUCCAAGAGAUGAGAAGCCACAGCGCGAGAAUAGCACAUCUCAUUUCUCUCGGAACGACUCAUGCCAAGACUACGGCAGCUCACAGAGCAGUGGAGGCAACUUCCAGGAUGCCAGUCGGGACGAGUCGAAGCACAACGAGAACACCUCGCUGCGCACCGAAAAAGAGUCCUCCCCCAAGCCCAAUACCCCCAGCCACGCGACUCCAUCCCCAUCUCACAACUACGAUAACUCAUACAGCCACGGGGAUGACCUUGACCCAGCUGAGAACUCCUCUCGUCACAAUGAAAACCCCCCUCGACAGAACGAGAGGUUGCCUGACCACAACGAGACUUGCUCGCAACACCAGGGUGACGGAUUGCCAACUUCAUUCCAGCCCAGGCAACCUAAGGGUUGA